AUGGAGUAUGAGCAGAAAGCUCAGGCGGUGGGGGAAUGCAUGAUGGGCUACAAGACGGAUGAGUCCGGCUGGAAAGUCUGCAAGAAAUCGAAUGACGUGGUGGUGUCCUGGCGUCCCUCCUCCGAGUACCCUGGGAAUGUUUAUAAGGGGGAGGGGAUUGUCAGCGGCAGCCCGGAGAAAGUGUGGGAGUGUCUGAAACCGGUACCCAAUGGGCUCAGAGUCAAGUGGGACAACAACGUCAAAAAGUUUGAGCUUUUGGAACAAAUCACUGAGGACAUCUCUAUCUGCCGAACAGUCACGCCCUCAGCAGCUAUGGGUAUCAUAGCUCCACGGGACUUUGUAGACGUUAUUUUAGUUAAGCAAUACGAAGAUGGCACCAUUUCAUCAAAUGCCACCAAUGUGAGUCACCCGGGCUGUCCUCCCCAGUCUGGCUUUGUGAGAGGAUUCAACCAUCCAUGUGGCUGCAUCUGUGUUCCCAUCUCAGGAGAGCCCAACAAAACCCAGGUGUUCAGCUUCUUCCAGACCGACCUGGGCGGCUUCCUGCCUCGCUCCGUGGUCGACUCGUUCUUCCCCUCCAGCAUGGCCGAGUUCUACAGCAACCUGGCCAAGGCUGUCAAAUCCCUCAAGGACCUUUGACACUUAAGAGUUAAGAAAUCUACCUUCAAACCGGAGCCCCUGCUGACUGGUCAGGUCCAAUUGUUCCUUGUAUUUUAAAUCAGUCCAAACUCAACAGCAAGUCAGCACACUAAGAUUAUCAAUCACUUAUUUCAAAUAGAUCCAAUCCACGAUUUCUGUUUAAUGUACAUUCCUAGUAUAUUCCUGUGUGACUGCAGGAGGAAAUCCAGUAAGUCAACAUUCAACCCCACCUUACUGGGUUUGAAAGCAGUUUACACGCUGAGAAGUCCCAAAAUAAGAUCGGGGGCUUAACCUGCAUCUCAAACUCAGUCUGGUUACAUCUGUGGGAUGAUUUAUUUCCUCCAAUCCAAAGAAAGAAAAAUAGAUGUCAAAUCUAUAUUUGUACAUGUGCUGAAAGUACAGCAACAUCUCUGUUUUUUACCACUAUGAUGAGACACUAGACAUUUUCCUCUUCUUAUUAUCGCAUACUUCAGUGUGUACUGUAAACAUGCAUGUUGCAUGGACCUUAUUUACCCUAUGCUGGUAUCAGGCUGUUGGUUUGGAGUACUGACUCGUACCUCAUAUUUAGUUGUUUGUGUUGUACUUGAACUGCCAUUUUGCUCAUCUCCACCUCACCUGUAAAACCAUGAUGAUCUGCCUCUGUCGUCAGUUACACUGAAGCACGGGUGGGAUGGCAGAGGUGGCCUUUUUUUUUUACAUAAAGGCAGCUUUAUUUUUCCUUAUGAAACGACGCCUUUUGAAUAGGACAUGUUCUCUGUGCUGCUCUAUAGCAGAAAAAGUGUCUUCCCCUUUUUUCAUGGCAUCGGUUUCUGAAGUACAUUUCCCUUUUCUUUUUCUUCAUAUGCAGUCUCUGAUGUUCAAACUAUUGUGGUGAAAUGAGGUCACUGACUGUAAAAUAACAUGAUUUAGGAUGUAAAAAGAUAUAACCGCACUAUAGGCUGAUAUUCUCAACACAUCAGGCUAUUUUCAGUAGCUUAUACUGUAAAACUGAGUAUUAGAAUGGCAUGGUUUACUAUCACUAAGGCCCCGCUCACACUUCGCAUUAACAUGCGUCUCGGGUGAUCCGACCACAAGUGGACAGCUCUAAGUACGUCUGUUCACACCUGGUAUUAGAAUGCGUCUCCACAUGCGUCUUGAGUGAUUGGAUCUCACUUCCCCGCUC